GCCCCUUGACCGGGGAGGGGGCCGGCUGGCGGAGCGUGCCCCUGCGGCGCGCCGUGCGCGGCCGCGAGUGCCUGCUGACAGGCUGCUGUAUCAAGCACGCCGCCCACGUAAGACAGGGGCUCCGAUCCGAGCGCUGGAGCGGGUGACGACACGCCCGACUUAAACCCAUGCCUCAGCGGAAGGUGACACGCUCGGCCAGGAGCACGAGAGGGCUGGUAGAGAAGACGACGCCGCCGACAGCGCUCGCUUAGCUGCGCCGGCCUCGCGCAGCAGGAGCCGGCGGUGGGCCGUGGCCCCAGCCCUGGGGGCAAAUCGAGCAGGGCGAGUUGAGACAAAUGGUAGCUCUAAAUCGGGCCCAGAUCCAGGAGGGGGGAGGGAGGAGGGAGGAGGAAGAGGAGGAGGAGGGGGAGGAGGGAGGAGGAGGAGGAGGAGGAGGAGGAAGCCGCGCCCACUCGGGCGGGACGGGGCGAGCCGUGGCCCGUCUGAGGAACGGCGUCGAUGACCUCACGCCUCGGUCGCGAGCUGGCUGGUCCCCUCUCCGUUCCGCCAUGCUGGAAGACUGCUUGCCAUCUGGGCCCGUAUGCCGCGCCGUCUGCCGCGGUGCGGUGCGCGGUCGGUGCGGCGGCGGCGCGUGCAGCGGGCCCCCCCCGGGGCGCGGGAGCUCCUCGUGCGGCCCGUGGCCAGCGCGGCUCCGGUGCGGCGCGCCGUGCGCUGCCGACCGCGCCCCCAGGGGAAGGGCUCCCCACGGAGGGGCCGCAUUCCCUUGCUCGUGCC